AUGCAGCAAGCAAUUCCCGAAUCCAGCGACCUACAAGAAGCACACAACUUGCCCGAUAUGAACCACCGCCCUAAAUCCCCGCGCAGAACGCAGACUGCUGCCCCUGCAACUAUGAGCAAUCACACCUCACGAGCCAGGUCCGAUAAUCGACGAGCGUUUGGCCUAACCCAGCCUAAGCCACACAAAUUCAUCUACCGCGAUAUUGAUGGCAUUGCGCGUGAAAUAUGGCGACCUGGCGAUGGCGAUGGUGUGAGGGAUAAUGAGUUUCCAGAUGGACUAAGCUUCAAGGAGAGAUACCGCUUCUUCCAGAGCGAUAUUGGCGCAAUUCGACGUGGAGUUAACUCGCCUCCACACUUUGUGGCUCUUGACGACAAGGCUGUCUGGGAUAUCGCAUCUUCCAAUCAGUACAGUCUUAAAGACAGGGGACAAUUCUGGCCCCUCGACUUCAAAGCAAAUGGUGGUGUCAGGAUUGCUAGGUUGCAUAAAGGAAGAGCAGCCAGGGUUGACAAGGAGACCAAGGAUCGUGUCCAGAUCAAAGAUGGCCAUGAAGUCCGAUACAUCGCCACGGUCAAGGUGGCCGACAAGAACAACCGAAGAUACGUCCUCUCUGGAGAGAAGGGCGGAUACCAGGAACUCAAUUUCAAUACGUUGGCGGCUGGAAGCAAUACUGCAGCCGGUCAAACGAUCAGGCGAGACGAUGGAAGAAUGACGGAGCGCACAAAAGCAGCUCCCGUAGCAGGGCGCCAUGACGGAAGCAUGACUGAGCGCACAACUGCAGCACCUGUAGCAACGCGCGAGGACGGAAGCAAGACAGACUAUGCGUCAAAGCGGGAGGCAGAUAAGCCUCUAAACCCUCGGCAUGAUCGUAACAAAGUCGGGAAGUAUCUUCAUUCGACCCCAUCUCCGACAUGGCCUGGCGGUGUAAGACGUCUGAACAAGCCUACAGUUGAGAGCACAAGAGGUGCCAGAGGAAACGAAGAAGCUUCUUUCGAGAACACAGAAUGGUCGCCUCAGGCUGGCGGGAGAACGGUCUACGCAAGGAUGGAGGAACAGCCUGAACGCAUCAAUGGUCGUGUGGUUGUAUCAGGUGCUCGAACGUCCUAUGCCCAGACUCCAUACGCCAGUGGUGCAAACCCCCCGUUCUUCAACAACUCGGGUACACGAACCCCAUACCAGAGCGCUCCGUCAGGAGCUAAGACUCCAUGUCCAGAAAUACCAUUGAGUGCAUCAAUGCCUCAGUACGACGCAGGAGGAGCGUCAGCCGGCAGUGAGCAACCGAUGUGGCAGCAUGUCAAAAGGAUUGAGGAAGAGCUCGGACAGGUUCGAGGCGUCUUACGCAUGCGCGAUGAAGAGAUUUCAAGGCUUAAGUCGCAGACCGAUACAUCGAAUGCCGGUCCACAAGAUGGUGGCCGCGGACAGCAAAUUGUCGACCUUGUACGCGCCACCAAGGCGGAGAAUUCGAAGUUGAAACAGGAAAUCAUGGCAUUGAGGCAGUCUUUGGGCAAGAACUUUGAGUGA